AUGGCACACACUCCAGCACAGUUGCUCAGAGACUAUCUGACUGAGUGGCGGAUACGUCAAAACCGCCUGGUGACCAAAGAAGGCCAUUGCAACAUUGAGUAUUCCAAUGUACAGUACAAAAAAUGGUCCAGUUUCAUGCAAGACAUUUGGACCACUUUAGUGGAGAUCCACUGGACGUUUCUUAUGUUCUUUUUUGUGUCUUCAUUUAUCCUUAGCUGGUUUGUAUUUGCACUUUUUUGGUACUGGGUCGGUGGUACCAAUGGUGACUUGUGGUGGCAAAACCCAUCAGCUAACCACAGUGCAUGUGUGGUUAAUGUCUAUGACCUUACCACUGCCUUUCUGUACUCACUGGAGACACAGACAUUUAUUGCUUAUGGCGCACGAGCCAUUACCACAUUUUGCCCAGGAGCCAUUGCUGUCUAUGUUUUCCAGGUUAACCUUGGUACUAUCAUUCCCUGCUUUUGGGGUGGAGUGGUAAUGGCCAAAAUCUCACUGCCCAAGAGAAGAGCCAAAGCAAUCAUAUUUAGUAAGAUGGCUGUCAUCUGCUCUAGACAAGAUACUCUGUGUCUAAAGAUACGACUGGCCAAUCUGCGCAAAUCACUGAUGAUUGGAACCCAAAUAUAUGGCAAGCUUAUUAAAACAACAACCACACCUGAAGGAGAAACCAUCAUCAUGGAUCAGGUCAACAUUGAGUUCACUGUGGAAACUGGGAAUGAAAACCUCUUCUUCAUCUCUCCAUUGACUCUCUACCAUGUGAUAGACAAAACCAGUCCGUUCUUUGAAAUGGCAAUGGACACUCUUCAGAAUCAAGACUUUGAGCUUGUAGUGUUUAUGGACAGUGUUGCUGAAUCCACCAGUUUCUCUUGCCAUGUGAGGACUUCCUAUAUGCCUAAGGAGAUCAUGUGGGGCUACCAGUUCCUCCCUAUUAUCUCCCGCAGCAAAGAGGGAAAGUAUCGUGUGGACUUCUCGAACUUUUCUAAAGUUAUGCGCGUGGAAAGUCCACAUUGUUCCCACUGCUUUCACAAUAAGAAAGCACAUCAACACUCCGGCGAUGGCACUGACAAUGAUGGCUUUGACUGUGAUAUGUGA